GGUCGCCCGGUCGCCCCAGCAACCGAGCCCCGCUCUGUCCUAGCGCCCAUCUGCCUCCGAGGCUGCAGAGCUGGCGAGCCAGGGCGAAUCGCAGAGUCGUGACAGUCUGACCUACCCGUCCCCGUCAAGUGUUGAAGUCAUCUGAACAAAAUUGUAGACGUCCAGCAUCACCUUAAAAACAGAAAAAGACAAACAAACAAAAACCACCAAACAACCAGAAAACAGCACAGCAUCUUCAGAAGUAUAUAAGAUAAAGUUUAUAUUUCCAAAUGGCGACAAGUAUGAUGGUGACUGUACAAGAACACCUGCUGGGAGCUAUGAGAGAAACGGGACAGGCAUCCACACCACUCCUGAUGGGAUCAUAUACACAGGGAGCUGGAAAGAUGACAAGAUGAAUGGCUUUGGAAGACUUGAGCAUUUUUCAGGAGCUGUGUAUGAAGGACAAUUUAAGAACAACAUGUUUCAUGGACUGGGGACUUACACAUUCCCAACUGGGGCAAAGUACACCGGGAAUUUCAAUGAAAAUAGGGUAGAAGGUGAGGGAGAGUACACUGAUAUCCAAGGCCUGCAGUGGAGUGGGAGCUUCCACUUCACAGCUGCUCCUGGCCUCAGACUAAAGCUCUACAUGUAGACAUGCUGUGUUAAUGCCAAAGUGUGGCCACUGCAACUCCCCUGCAGGCAAAGCAACUAACCCUUCAACUGAAAUGGCCUGCAUCCCUCUGUAAGUUCACCAAUAAAACUGUCACUCACUUA